GGAGCGUGUGGUGCUUGUUGUGGAACAGUGUAUCGCGGGACAACGCGGCCAGUGGAGAGGUGGGCUCAUCAGCUCAUCCGUCAGUUUCCCACACUGCACAAACGCUGACGAGGAAUGUUUCGGCGCCAGAAGAGAUAGGUGAGCGCUGUCCGUCCGUAAUCGAUCGAAUUUAAUCAGAAGAAAUCUGGCCUGACUGAAAAUUAACAAUAAAACAUAUUCACGAACUGAAACGUUAACUUUGGGUGCUCAGUUUACUAGUACUGUGACGUGGUCACGCAGUAGGUAGAAAGAACAAGACCUUUUCUGCCUAGAGUGACUGUGACUGAAAGCAACAGGUGACGUACUGCCAUGCACUUCAAUACUCCAUUUCUUCGCUCGCCUACCUACCUGUAACUCUGCUUAUGAUAAGCGCUACUCGCACGCUCACCACGAGGCAUUAACCUGUUUCUAUUGAGAACCAAAGCCAACCCUGUCUAACCUAAGAGAAAAUGGGCUCAUUCAUCGGUCACGUAGUCCCGGGCACAUUCUUCGCCCUUUUCGGGAUGUGGUUCACAUACCAGACCUUCAUGAGGUACUUCAUGUGCCAACGAGUGGCGGCGUCAUCUACAAUGUCGGAGAAAUAUAGGAUGCGCUACAGAAACACAUCCUCGUUCAAAUGCCCGUGCUGCGCUUCACUGCCUUUAGAAGGCGUCCUGAAAGUUGUGGCCACUGUAGUCGGCAUGGCGGGGGAAUUUGCCACGGGUUUCGAGGGAGGCAAGUUCACCCACAUAGGUAACGCGCAACACAUGACAAUGUUCUUCUUCUUCGGUCUAAAUGGAGUCGUGGACAUAAUUCAGCACUAUCGGGUGCCUAUCCCACCAGACAUGGACUUUAUAUCGGGCGUUUUAGCCUUCAGCAUGGAAGCUCUACUAUUUUACUAUCAUUUACAUGGUCGUACACCGAUGGAUAUACAGGUGCACAUGCUUCUGUUUUACGUGGUGGUAAGCUGCGCUGUCUGCGUGGCUCUGGAGAUGUGCUAUAAAGGAAACGUCCUACCCGCUCUAGGAAAAGCCUACUUCGUUUUGCUACAGGGGACGUGGUUCUACCAGAUUGGAUUCCUGCUGUACCCUCCAAUAGGAGAACAAUGGGACCAAAAUGAGCACUCCCAGAUGAUGAUGGUGACGCUGUUUUUCACUUGGCACAAUGCCACCAUCUUUACUCUAAUGUCCAUUGCCGGUAGCCUAAUUUACCUCAGGGUAAAAUCACUCUCUUAUGCAGAAAUCUACGAGCACCUGCAGCCUCGUCUUCCACGGUUAGCAAAAUUGGACGAAGAGCAGGCCAAGAACAUUAUGCUAGAGUCGGAUGAAGGGGAGGCUUAAAGGGGACUUAAUUCAUCCACGCAUAAAUGGAUUCGUCCAACCUUUCACGUCCAGAUAUUUAUCAUAUUUCUAUAUUUGUACAUUAGCACAUCAUGAAAUUAUUCAUCGUUAUCAGAGAUGCCCAACACCCUUAAAGACGCACAAGUCGUAAUGCAAUUAAACGUGCGCACAAUAAGACAGGAGAGACGAUCUCGUUUUAGCCUUCUGUUUGUGACAUUUAAUAUUCGAAUCAUUGUUACUUGAACUGAAUUCUUCGUGAAGUAUCAAAAUUUGUUAUUUCGAUAGCAUAUCAUAACUGCCUUUCAGUUUUUGUUCAUACACUACAUUGAUAUAAUAUGAAUAUCCCAAGAAGUUGCUGAACAUAAAGCUAUGAAAUCUGGUAGGAAAGUUUCUGUAAGUUACAACAGACAUACAGGUUCAUCUACAUGAAAUUUAUUGAGACAUUUCAUAGUAGUUAAAACGUACCAGUUUGGAUCAUAAACAUUAGCACUUACUUGACGACAAUAUACAGUCGAAAUAAAAGAUAUUCUCAUAUGUAUCCAACAAGUACAUGUAAUAAUAUAUAACAAAACACACACACACACACACACACACA